AUGACUCAUACAAUGAAGAUGAUAGAAAAGUGUGAAGUUAGUCCUCCACCAGGUUCUGUUCCAUCAACCACUAUCCCUCUCGCUUUCUUCGAUCUUCCAUGGCUUUGUUGCCCUCCUCUCAAACGUAUCUUCUUCUAUCACUUCCCUCAUUCCUCCAAACACUUCUUCCAAACUCUCCUUCCAACUCUCAAACACUCUCUUUCCCUCACUCUCCAACACUUCUAUCCUUUCUCUUCCAACCUUGUCUUCCCUCCAAAGUCAAACCCCCCUCACAUCCUCUACACACAAGCUGACUCUAUCUCCUUCACAGUAGCUGAGUCCUCAGCAGAUUUCAUCUCCCUUGUAUCUGAUUCCCCAAAAGAUAUCACAGUUUUGCACCCUUUUGUUCCUGUGUUGCCUCCAUCACAAACCUUGGAAGAUGGCACGUUUCUGAUCCCUCUCAUGGCCAUUCAGGUCACUGUUAUGCCCCGUUCUGGCUUCACCAUAUGCAUCACUUUCAGACACGUGGUUGCUGAUGGGAGAGCUUUUCAUCACUUCAUGAAAUUCUGGGCCUCUAUUUGUAAGUUCAAUGGAGACUUGGGUUUGGCUUCCCUUGCUCUGCCAUUGCACAAUAGGGACAUCAUUCAAGACCCCACAGGCCUUAAGCAUAUUUUCUUACAAGAAUUGUCGAAUUUGUUACCGGAGAAUGUGGAGUCCAUGGGUGAAAUACGCGAUGUUCCUUGUGACAUGGUGCGUCAGACGUUUGUCCUGAGCCAUGACCAAGUUGUGAAACUCAAGAAAUGGGUCUCUGUUGAAUGCAAAAGCCAUGGUCUAGAAUUACCACACCUAACAACCUUUGUGGUGACAUGUUCUUUGAUUUGGGUUUGUAAGGUGAAAUCAGAAGAGAUUAAAACUGGUAAUUUACUUCCCAGUAAUGAUGAGUCCUACAUCUUGGCCUUUAUGGCAGAUUGUCGUAAUCGUCUUGAAUUUUCAAUUCCAUUGGAAUACUUCGGAAAUUGUUUGGUUUGUGGCAAUGCUGAAGUGAAGAGGAGCAAGCUUGUGGGAGGAAAUGGUAUUUUGGAGGCAGCCAUUGCUAUUGGUAGUGAAGUUAGAAAUUUGCAACGUGGAACUUUCGAAGGGGCUGAAACAUUGAUGUCUAAUUUUACAGAAUUUGCCACGUUGGGGAAGCAUAUGACAAUAAUUGCAGGGUCACCAAAUCUGGAAGUGUAUGAAACUGACUUUGGGUGGGGAAAGCCGAAGAGGAGUGAAGUGGUUCAUGCAGAUAAUUCAGGAUUUAUUUCCCUUUCUGACUGUAGAGAAAAAGAAGGUCGAAUUGAAGUUGGGUUAGCACUUCAAAAAAUUCAAAUGAAGAAAUUCAGUACCAUUUUGGAAGAGCACCUCACAGAAUUUGGAGUUCUAUUGACUAGAAAAGUCUAUUCAUAUGAGUUGCCUUAA